UUUAACAUUUAAGAUACCAUUUCGAUUGGAGUGUAUUUGAAUAAAGGACAAUGUGAAUAUAUUUUUAGUUAGUGUUUAGAUGCUAAGAUAGCAUUCUUAAACAUGUCACACGUGAAAGAAAAGAACAGAAGAAAAAGAAAUCUCAAUAUAACCCCUUGAAUCUACAAGUGUACAACUGAUCCAGAUUUUAUUUUCCACGUUGGCCACGCAUGCGUUGCAUGAGAUUCGUUGAAGAUGGCUACCGAGAAAGAUGUUGAUGAACUCUUUGAGAUCAAAACAGCAUUAUACACCGGAAAUUAUCAACAUUGCAUAAACGAAUGUCAGAAAUUGAGGAUAUCUAACCCAGAUCUGAAAACCGCCAAAGAUGUAAUAAUGUACAGAGCGUACCUGGCUCAGAGGAAAUUUGGAGUUGUAUUGGAUGAAAUUAACUCUUCACACCCCCCAGAGCUGCAGGCAGUGAAGAUGUUUGCUGACUAUUUAUCCAGUGAAAGCAAAAGAGCAUCUAUAGUGAGGGAUUUGGACCAGAAGAUGAGUGCCAGUGUGGAUGUUUCCAAUAGCACAUUCCUGGUGAUGGCAGCCUCCAUAUACAACCAUGAACAAAAUAGCGAUGCUGCAUUACGGGCCCUUCACCAGUCAGAUGCCUUGGAAUGCCUUGGUCUUACAAUCCAAAUUUUACUCAAGUUAGAUCGAGUUGACCUAGCAAGAAAGGAACUAAAGAGAAUGCAGGAGAUCGAUGAAGACAGCAUCCUGACACAGCUGGCUCAAGCCUGGUUUAACCUAACUGUGGGAGGGGAGAAAUACCAGGAUGCCUAUUACAUUUUUCAAGAGAUGGCAGACAAACACAACUCAACGCCCCUCCUACUAAACGGUCAGGCUGCAUGUUACAUUGCACAGGGGAAAUUUGACGAUGCAGAAUCUGUGUUACAGGAGGCCAUGGAUAAGGAUUCCAACAAUCCAGAAACGCUAAUCAAUAUGAUUGUUUUAACGCAGCAUAUUGGAAAACCUCCUGAGGUCAGUAACCGAUAUGUAUCACAGUUGAAGGAUUCCCAUCGGAACCAUCCAUUUGUCAGGGACUAUUUACAAAAGGAGAGUGAUUUUGACAGGAUAUCUCGCAACUACUCGCCGUCUGUGACAGCCUAACAAACAGUUCACAUUUUAUCAUUGUCUCUGUUACAUACAAUUUGCUGUUGUGGUCAUUGUGGGGAAAAGAUGAACAGCUGUUUUCGUUUAUGGAAGGUGUAUCAUUGCAUAGAUAUUUAUAAAUAAAUAAAUUUAUAUCACAUUU